AUGGGCUGUGGCGCCUCUGUGAGCCCGGCUCCGGAGCCUCCGCUGGAGCCGGAGCAGCUGGAAGCUUCGGCGGCGCAUCUGCUGAUCCGAGAGGAAGAUGGGCAGAGAGUUUGCGAAGCCGCCAUCUACUUCAAGGAGCCAGCACGCUCCUUCGACUCCAUGGCACACAAACUCUCCAAGUUGGACACGAUCCUCCCUCCGGUGGCGGCAACCCAUGACCACCACGUGGCCAAGAUGCGGAGGUUCAUGAGCUUGCCUCUGGGCGCAUGGCAUAAGUGA